CGAUCAGCCUCCAGCAGUUCAGCUUCUCGAUCCGGUCGCCGAAAGUCUCCGCGUUUCAUCCGUUUCCCGUCGCUUAAACCCGGCCAGACCGCGCGCAGACGAGCGGAACCGAUGGCUGCGAUGACUUCUGACGGUUCCGAGCAAGAGUCGCAGAGCCCGAGCGAACAAAACGGCGACGGGAGCGAGUCGGGCCUCCGCUCCGCAGAUCCGGAACCGGCCGUUAAGAUGGACGCUGCGGAGACCGACGAGAAGCCCAACGGACGCGAGUCUACGGAACAAAAAACGGAGGAAGCCACGCGGGGAGACGGCAGCAACGACCAGGAUGGCGAGACCGAAGCGGAGCCGGAGAAAGAGCCGCAGAAGAGCCCCGGCUGCGCGGACGGAACGGCGGAGCGGAUGAAGAGAGAACAAAGGGAGGAGGAGAGCGCGUCUUCACCGGCGGAGAAAAACAGCGGCAGCGGCGAAGGAAUGAAGAGGCGAGCGAGUCUGGAGAUGAUGAGCUCGUCGUCGGACGGAGAGCCGCUCAGCCGCAUGGACUCGGAGGACAGUAUCAGCAGUACUCUCAUGGACAUGGAGAGCAUCGCAUCCAGCGGUCGUUCUACCCCAGCUAUGAUGAACGGACACGGCGGGGCAUCUUCCUCCUCCACUAAGGGCUCAUCUUACCCCUGCUGCUGGGAUCAGUGCCACAUGCUGUUCAACAGCAGCCCGGACCUGGCCGAACACAUCCGCGGAGUGCACGUGGACGGACAGCGCGGCGGGGUUUUCGUGUGUCUUUGGAAAGGCUGUAAGGUGUAUAACACACCGUCCACCAGUCAGAGCUGGCUGCAGAGACACAUGCUCUCACACAGUGGAGACAAACCAUUUAAGUGUGUGGUGGGAGGUUGCAAUGCCACCUUCGCCUCCCAGGGGGGGCUAGCGCGCCACGUACCGACCCACUUCAGCUCCCAGAAUUCCUCCAAACUCUCAAGCCAAACCAAGGUGAAGGAAGAGUCGCCUUCCAAAGCGGGCAUCAACAAACGGAGGAAACUCAAGUACAAACGGCGGAGGUCGUUGCGUAAGCCACGACCUCACGACUUUUUUGAUGCUCAGACCAUGGAUGCAAUCCGUCAUCGCGCCAUCUGCCUCAAUCUAGCCACUCAUAUUGAGAGCCAAGGCAAAGGCCACAGUGUUGUGUUUCACAGUACGGUGAUCGCCAGGCGGAAGGAGGAUUCUGGGAAAGUGAAAGUGUUGCUUCAUUGGACGCCGGAGGACAUACUUCCAGACGCCUGGGUCAGUGAGAGCGACCGUCCCCAGCUGAAGACCAAAGUGGUCCACCUCUCCCAGCUUCCUCAGGACACGGCGGUUCUGUUGGACCCCAACAUCUACAGGAUGUUUUUCUAGGAGACUGGGUGGGGAGGGCGGCUUCUGUCAGCGCCUGCUGACGUACCCAAAUCGAAGUGGACGCGCGGAUCUUUUGAGACGGGACUUCUUUUCCCUUUGCUUUUUACCCCUCCACUUUCUCCUUUUUUUUCUUUUUAAUGCGCCGAGUCUGCCAAAGCAUGCAGUGAAUUUUUAAUGUGUGUUUUUAUCCCUUGAAGAGGGAAAAAAAGGCACAAAAUUGUGAACCGUGUCGGUGCUGGACUUUUAACUGUCUGGGAGGAUGUGUUGUACACCACGGUUUUGAUUUUCCUUCUCUACGUCCUCCACUCUGCUGAUUAUCUUAUGCUUUUUUCAUGGAGAAAGUGCCCAUGUAAAUAUUCCAGGAGAAUUGUAAUAUAUUUUUGUACUGUGGAAAUUUUACUGUACUGUAGAUAGAUGUAAUAAGCCACAAGCUGACAGAAAACAUAAUUGUACAGAAUGUGAAAGGUAAUAGUUUUGGAUGAUGUGAAUGCUUCCAUAGAUGUUUUUGCGUGUUUUUCCUUCCUUUUUUUUAGUAUGAGAUUUUUUUUUCCUUAAAACACGCGCACAGACUCUUAUAACUGGUGCUCCACCUACUGAUGAUGAUGAUUAUGAUGAUGGGAUGUUAUCGUCCUCCGUCUGCGCCAUUUGUGUGUUCUGCUCAAGCCAAGGAGUGUAUAGACAUCUCAACGUAAUGGUGCUAAAGCUAACACUAGCGUUUAGGCUAAUGCACAUAGGAGAACUAUAGGAUCAAUAAUGAUGGUGCUUCUUAGAUCAUGUACUUAAUAAUAAUCCAGUGUUCCCCGUACUUACAGAUCAUACUUCUGUCUUUGUAGUAAAGUUGAAAUUAUAUAAAGGUUUUUUUUUUUUUUUUUUGGUUGCUUGCUUGUUUGAGUCUUCAGGUUUGCAGUUUACGCUGAUUCUAGCCCAUAUAAACCUUGUGUUUCUCACACAGGACUUGUUUAUUAACAGUGAGGAGGCCAGGGGCAUCUGGGAGUCGUUUUAUUGGGGCAGAUUUGCAAGCGUUGAUGCGGAGGCCAUCUGCCAGGACCUUUAGCUCCGCGUCAGAGCCCUCCUAAUAUGACUUGCUGGUUUAGUCGACACCUGACUGUGGGUUUUUGACUUUAUUCUCUCAUUCUCACAUAUUGUCGCACUCGGUUUGGGUUUUCAAUCAUUAUAAAUUAGCUCGCAUCUUCAUUCAGGGUUUCUGCAGGUCUUAAAAGUUGUCCUCCCACAA